CUUCGCGCGGAAGCAUUCGGAGGAUUGAGUUCGGCUUCGGAGCUUGACGAUUGAGGAUGAUGGCGGCGACCACCGUGGCUUCUUCUUCUUCUUCUUCCUUCCACUGCAAUCGCAUCGUCUACCCGUCGCCCAAUUUCUCGCGGAGCAGCUGGGUCCGACCUUCCGUGCGACAUGGUUCGUCUUCCUCUUGUCUGCGACGGAAUGCGUCCGUCAGAGCCAUGGUGUCCGAGCCGAAAACGGGGAAACAACAGCUCGAGAUAGUGUAUGAUCCUGAUGAGAGGAUAAACCAGUUGGCUGAUGAAGUGGACAGGGAAGCUCCUCUUUCUAGGCUCACUUUGUUCUCACCUUGCAAGGUUAAUGUCUUUUUGAGAAUCACUAGGAAGAGAGAUGAUGGGUACCAUGAUCUGGCCUCUCUGUUUCAUGUAAUUAGUUUGGGGGACAUAAUCAAGUUCUCUUUGUCACCUUCCCAAACAAAGGAUGGACUUUCAACGAAUGUGUCUGGCGUACCUCUUGAUGACAAGAAUUUGAUUAUCAAAGCACUGAAUCUCUACAGGAAAAAGACUGGCAGCAACAAAUUCUUUUGGGUCCAUCUUGACAAAAAAGUACCAACUGGAGCAGGACUUGGUGGUGGAAGUAGUAAUGCGGCAACUGCACUUUGGGCUGCAAACCAAUUCAAUAGUUGUAUUGCAACUGAGAAGGAACUUCAAGAAUGGUCUGGUGAAAUUGGUUCAGAUAUUCCCUUUUUCUUCUCCCAUGGUGCAGCAUAUUGUACUGGUCGAGGUGAGGUGGUUCAAGAUAUCCCUCCACCUAUAUCCUUGGACAUUCCGAUGGUUCUAAUAAAACCUCCACAGGCAUGUUCCACUGCUGAAGUUUACAAGCGUCUACAGUUGGACAAGACUAGUAAUGUUGAUCCUUUAGCCUUGCUGGAAAAGCUGUCAAAGGAUGGAAUAUCUCAAGAUGUAUGCAUCAACGAUUUGGAAGCUCCAGCGUUUGAGGUACUACCAUCCCUUAAACGGUUAAAGCAGCGAAUAAUGGCUGCUGGCCGCGGACAGUAUGAUGCUGUUUUCAUGUCUGGAAGUGGGAGCACAAUCGUCGGAGUUGGUUCACCAGACCCUCCACUGUUUGUCUACAAUGAAGAAGAAUACAAGGAUGUAUUCUUAUCAGAGGCUAACUUCAUCACACGGGAGUCCAAUGAAUGGUACAGAGAACCUGCUUCAACAGCAACCGGUGCUUGUGGUUCAGGCCCUGGUUUUUCCUCGCUGCCAUGAUAAAACCCCAGCAAGUCCCUCUAUGUUGCUUUUCCAUGUUCUAUAUGAACUUCCAGGAUAUUAUAUUUGUAAGUCCUAAUCGAUGAAAAGGAAGUUCUUUCUUCAAGAAAUCAAUAGGGAUUGG